AUGGAACUCAACCGAGAACAUUUUCGCGCCAUAAUUUAUUACAACUUUCAGAGACAAUUAUCGCAACAAGAAUGUCUUGCUGAGUUACUGUCUGUUGUCGGCAACGAAGCGCCACAUCAGUCGACAACUUUCCGUUGGUAUGGAGAACCCAGGAAAACAUAUCGCGAGAUUGAGGCGUCCUUGAAGAUCUCGAAGACCUCAAUUCAAAAAAGUUUACAUGAAGAAUUAGGAGUAAGAAAAUUAGUUUCUCGUUGGAUACCCCACCUGUUGACUGAAGAGCAGAAAGCAGCCAGGGUUAAUUGGUGUCAAAAAACGCUUGACCGUUUUACUUCCGGAAACUCAAAAAAUGUGUACAGUAUUGUUAGUGGUGAUGAAUCGUGGAUUUACUGUUAUGAACUAGAAAAUAAACGACAGUCGGCUGUUUGGCCAUCAAAAGUCAUCCGUUCUCGAAGUGUUUCGAAAAAGAUGGUCGCGACAUUUGUGUUAAAAGCGGGUCAUAUUGCAACAAUUUCUCUUAAUGAGCAAAGAACUGUUACUGCGGAUUGGUAUACCACCAUUUGUUUGCCAAAAGUCAUCACCGAGCUUCGAAAAAUCGACCCCGAAAGAAGAAUCAUCCUCCACCAAGACAAUGCAAGCUCGCGCACAGCCCAAAAAACAAGGCAGUAUUUAACGGAAGAAAACGUGGAAUUAUUGGACCAUCCUCCAUAUAGUCCCGAUCUAAGUCCUAACGAUUUCUUUACUUUCCCGAACAUUAAAAACAGACUGCGUGGUCAAAGGUACCAGUCACCAGAAGAAGCAGCUGACGCAAUCAAGAAUGCCACACAGGAAAAAUCCACAGUUCUUUGA